GAAACAAAACGCCAAGAAACGACUUUUCGUUUCGAAAAAUGUUUUGAGUUAUUAAAAGUGAAAACAAAUCUAAUUUUGUUGUUAGUUUUAAUUUAUUUUGUAUUAAAAUACUUAAUGAAGAAGCCACAGUGAUGGAGAAUUCUUUCUUUGAAUACCGUGAUAAAACUGGUGCUAUGAGUGAGUCAGAUUCUGAAAUCAUCGACAGCAGUUAUGUGGUAGACGAUUCUUUUGUACAAAAACAAAAGAAACCCAUGACUAAAAACCACACUGUUUUUGUAGCUGAGUCCGAGGAAUCAUCUACAGAAGGUGAUGUGGAUGACGAUGGAAACUGUACUACGCCUAAUGUCAGGAAAUCGGUGGUCCGAAGAAGCAGUGUAGUUGACGCACAUGUCGCAUCCAGCAGUGAUGAUGAUACCAAUAAGCGUGGCAGUAUCAGACGACAGUCGGAAACAUCACCAAACAGAAUAGUAGUUAGCUCAUCAGAUGAUGAAGAAGAGGUAUCCCCAGAAAUGAUUCCAAAACGACGUCCACCCAUGAGGAUGCCAUCAGGCUCUCCAGCAGCAUUCUUAGGGCGUAAGAACAAGAAGAGAAUGAUUCUUGAAUCUGACACAGACAACUCUAUAAUCAUAGAGCAUGAUAGACAUAGGAAGCUGACAUGUAUGAAAGACACACCUUUGAAAAUCGAAGAGGCUGAUCACAAAAUUGACAAAACUCAUCAUAGUUUUGUUGGUUCUGAUGAUGAAAUGAAUGAUUCUGGUGAGGAAAAUGAUGAGUCUGUUGAUGAUGAUGAACCCCUAAUCAGACUUCAAAACAAAAAGAAAAUAAUACUAGAGUCAGACUCUGAGAAUUCACCUUUAAAAAUAAAAAACAAUGAGUCACAUAAAGUUGAGGAAGUUCAACUCAGUAUUGAUGGACAUAAUGAAGACACAGUCGAUGAUGAAGAAGAGGUUGCGGAAGAAGCUAGUGAUGAUGAUGAUGACGGAUUGGAGGAGGAGAAGAUGCUGAUGUCACGAGCGACUCGGAUGAGUAUCAUGGGAGUGAUACCAAAAGACAGAGAUAGUGACGAGUCUGACUUCAUACAAUCAGAUGAUAGUGUACGCAAGUCAGGAGUUGAGACUCCGGACGAUAUUGGUGCUCUACCGGAUGUUGGGGAUUCCAUUUACAAAUCCCCUCGGAGGCCGACAGAAGACAACAACUCAUCUAGACUUACCUGCUCGCCUUUCUCUAGCCCUUUACAAGAUGUCACAAAUACAUUGAAUGAUAGCAAUAGGACAAGUAAAAUAAAUGACAAGAAAAACAAUCCCAUUGGAAAUGAGCAAAUGAGACAAAACAGCUUCGUUACAGCCAAAGUGGAUCUUACUGUAGCUGAUGUGGACUUAACCGAGUAUAAAGUGGAUGAUCUGAAAAGUAAAAUGACCACGGGGGAGUAUGUUGACGAUGACGUCACUAUCAUCGACUCCAAGCCAGAGAUAAUUGCGUUGAGUAGCGACGAUGAAGAUGAGGUGAAGGCGAAGUCGCCUCGGUCGCCGAAACCCAAAGCGGAGAGGAAGUCAACAGACAACACCCUGAAGCAAUACCUGGCCCCUCCGAGCGCCCCGGCCCAGGUGGUGUACGUGAAGAAGCAUGUCCGGGAGAACGAGCUCAGCAAGCUCAACGGGCUCAAGGAGGAUCUGCAAAAUAUCAGGUAUCUACUGGAGAACAUGGACGUAGACACGCUCCCUGACGGCGGGAAGAAGCUGAUCCAGAGGUUGACGACCCUGGAGUCCGAGGUGCGGCGCCAGGGGGACAAGGUGGCCAACAUGAUCGUGGAGCCGGACGCGCCGACGGCCGAGGACAUAGCCCGCGACGGGUACUCGGGGCUGUCCUGGGACGAGCUGCAGCAGGCCAGCAACGCCGUGCAGCCGCGGAUGUUCGGCAAACAAGCGAUGUCUACCCACAUGGCGGAGCGGAACCUCAUACUGGAGCGGCUCCGGAGCCUGCACGAGUCGCUCGCGUCGCGUCCGCCCGAGACCGCCCUCGCCCCGCCCCCCGCCGCGAUGCGGACGGAGAUGAUGCCGCACCAGCUGCACGCGCUGGGCUGGCUGCAGUGGAGGGAGACGCAGCGACCUUGUGGCGGGAUAUUAGCGGACGACAUGGGUCUGGGUAAGACUAUCACCAUGAUAUCGUUAGUGUUGAGCGACAAGGAGGGCAAUAUCGACCACGACGACAGUGAAAGAGACGACGAUGAUUACGAACGGAGCAAAUCUAAAUUGAUCCCUGGCGGCACGCUGGUAGUCUGCCCCGCGUCCCUGAUGCAGCAGUGGGCGGGCGAGGUGCGGCGACACUGCGCCGCGCACAGCGUGUCGGUGUCGCUGCAUCACGGCGUCGCGCGCGCCUCGCAGCCGCAUCGCCUCGCCGCCAGCGACCUCGUGCUCACCACUUACAAUCUGCUGCAGCGGGACAAGGACAAGAACGGGCCGCUGAUGCGGGUGCAGUGGCGCCGCAUCAUCCUGGACGAGGCGCACCAGGUGCGCAACCACAAGGCGGCCACGUCCAGCGCCGUGUGCGCGCUGCGCGGGCGCCGGCGCUGGUGCCUCACGGGCACGCCGGUGCAGAACAAGGACCUGGACCUGUUCGCGUUGAUGAAGUUCCUCAGGUGCACUCCGUUCGACGAGCUGACGAUGUGGAAGAAGUGGAUCGACAACAAGAGCCAGGGCGGGCAGGAUCGGCUGAGCACCAUCAUGCGCUGCGUGCUGCUGCGCCGCACCAAGCUGCAGCUGCAGCAGAAUGGACAACUCGCCUGUCUGCCCAAACGCGCCGCGCAUCUCGUCCACGUCACUCUGACACAGCCCGAGAUGAACGUCUAUCAGAAGGUGUUGGUGUUCUCCAAAACGCUGUUCGCUCAGUUUCUCCACCAGCGCGCGGAGAAGCACGCCGACGCGGAUGGGUUCCUGCCUCCGGAGAAGGACACUGCUUACGAGAAGAUGCAUAAGAAAAUGAUCGCCCUACAAGGCGCAAAACCAGUGAAGUCCCACGAGAUUUUGGUGCUGCUACUGCGGCUGCGUCAAGUGUGCUGUCACUCCGGGCUCAUCGCCGCCAUGUUGGAUGACACUGACACCGCGGAUAUAAAGGAGGACGCCGCCGGACAGGAUUUGCUGCAAGAAUUGAACAAACUGACACUCGAGGACUCUAUGAGCAAGAGAAAGAGCGAUGUCGAGCCGGAAGAGGACGCUGUGGGCGUGGCGGAGGCGCUGCGCGGCGUGCUGGCGCCGCGCGACCCCGUCUUCGAUCUCUCGCGUCUCUCCUCCAAGAUACGCGCUGUUAUGGACUGUUUGCACAAAAUAUUGGCCAAUAAGGGCGACAAAGCGGUAGUGGUGUCCCAAUGGACGUCAGUGCUGGGCCUGGUGGAGCGGGAGCUGACGAAGGAGCGCGUCAAGAGUGUGACGUUGAGCGGGAAGGUGCCGGUGCCGGCGCGGCAGAAACUCAUUGAUGCUAUCAACGAUGCCAAUAACCCCACCAGGGUGAUGCUGCUGUCACUGACGGCGGGCGGCGUGGGGCUGAACCUGUGCGGCGCCAGCCACCUGCUGCUGCUGGACCCGCACUGGAACCCGCAGCUCGAGGAGCAAGCGCAGGACCGCAUCUACCGCGUGGGGCAGCGGAAGGACGUCAACAUUUAUAGGUUCAUGUGCGUGGACACGGUGGAGCAGAGCAUCCGCAAGCUGCAGCAGGCCAAGCUAGAGCUGGCCGACAGCGUCCUCACCGGCGCGAGGCACACGGCCGGCUCCAAGCUCUCCAUCGAGGACCUCAAGCUGCUCUUCAACAUGGGCCAGUGACUGUGUACUGUGUACUGUGUAGUGCUGUGUUACUUUGUGUAUGUGCCGACCAGUGGACCUCAUGUGUCUUUACAAUUCAAACAGAAAUUGGCACUGAAUAUAGGGACUUGUUGAACGAUUUUAUGUACAUGUCACAAAUGCUUUUUAACAGAUGAUAUAAUCGUUAUCUUAUCGGCUCAGUGGUAAGACCACUGCAUAGGCAAGGGCGUGGAUUCGAUUCCAAUUCGAGUCCAGAAUGUAUCUCAUUAUAUUUAUCAAAAAAAAAAUAUCUCCCCAAUUUUUCUAUAACAAUGAUCUAAGUAUAAUAACAAGUAUUUAAAAAGGAAAUUUUCUGUUUCGUUUACUUAUACUUAUAUACUUUAUGGUUAUAUACGUGGGACUUUGUAAAUAGUUAUAAUUUUUUAAUCAAGGAUCAUGCGACUGGUUCGUGAAUUUCUAACAUUAAUAUUUUUUUUAUUGUAAUAUUAAAUUAGGAUAUUGCAUGGCUCAGCUAAAGCAAUAAAUUUUGAAAUUGUAUACUUUGAAUUAUAGAUAGUGCCAUAAUAUUUCUAUAAAUCUGUGUUUGAUAUCAUUGAAAUAUUGUUUUUGGGUACAGUUCAACGGAAAAUCUAUCCGUCAUAAGCGCGGAAGUUUAUAUUGGAGUUGAAUGAAAAAUUGGGCUAGAAUGUUGUGACAUUCUAGCCCAAUAUAAUAUUAGAGACUGUGGAAUGCGAUAAAUUAUAGAUUUUUCAUACUUGUUACCCUCAAUUUCAAUUUAAUCUUACCCUCAUUAUAUGUUUUAUGUAUUUUGACUACAAUAAUAUAACUAGGCGUUCAUUGUAAAAAAUUUAAAUAGAUUAUUAUAGUAGAUAGGAAAAUAAUAAAAUUUGUCUUCUUUACAUAUUACAAAUGCGAAUACUAUUAUAUAGAUAUGUGUUAUGUGUAAUGAUACAAUUUGCAAUUACCUUAAUGAUACAUAUAAUUAUAAAUAAAUAAUUUGUUAACAAAAAUUUCUUUUUGUAAUGUUAAAUAUAGCCGAUCUUGAAAUA